AUGACGACCAGAGCCCAAGUGCGGUCGCCGCUGGUGCUGCUGGUGGCGGUCUGCGCCUCGGCACUGAUGCCGGGGGCCGGUGCCUCGAAGCUGUUCGCCUCGGAGGACGAGUGCCGCCGCAGCUGCGUCGGCGAACGGGACAUCGGCUGUGCCAGUGGGCCGGGCGGUCAGCAUCUGUGCCGGUGCGCCUCCAACCAUUUCGCCGAAGAGGAGUCCUGCAAGGCCCCCUGCGAGGACAUGUACUGGAGCCUGUUCACGACGGGUGCCUGCGUGAAGACCGUCAGCUCAGAGGUGACAGGCGUCUGCCAAACGAUGUGUGCCUUCCGGUUCCGCGUCUGGACCACCGCGUUCAUCAUCGUCCUUUUUGCUUCAGGUAAAAAACACUACGACGCGUCUGCUUCGCAGGUUUUUGACCUCGCGUUCGCUCGGAACCUUGCCACUGGCCUGACUGGGCCGAAGGGAGAGUUGUGUAAUGUUGUUUGCUUCAUUCCCAUGUUGGCCAACGACGCCGCAUCGAAUUAUACCCGAUGUAUAAAUGAUAAGGCCGACCUCUGCGGUCAGCGGACACAAAUCCUCGGCCUCUCGUUCACCGUUGUUUAA